CCAAGGGCCAGUUCUUCCCCUCAGUUACAACCAGACCAGCUAAGACCUCGACAAGACCACCAGAGACCACACACACUGAGAUCAGCCAACUUGACGUUCCAGCAAUGUGGCAGCUGGUGUGGUUGUGGUUCUGGAGUCCAGCCAUCCUCUUCGUUUUCAUUCUUCCAGCGGCGCCAUCCUUCCUGGAUUCAUUCAGUGAUCCGGAACUAGCGGUUCUGGAAGGCCUGGCGGAUGACCUCUUCUCUCCCUACCUGGAUGCUGUGUAUCCAGCUGUUCUCCGGAGGGUUAAUUCUUCUCUCUCUCCUGGAAGCUGGAAGAGAUCCGCCCACAGGGAAUCUCUGGAUGCGAUUCUCUCCGUCCUCAACGAGAAGACUUUUGCAAAGAGGCAAGCCACUUGCCCUGUAUGCACUCCUGGAGUCAAUUGCCCUCCUGGAUGCCCAUCUGCUAACAACCUUCAGCCGCAGCUCCCUUGCCCCUAUUGCCCUCAGCCCAGACCUUGUCCAUACUGCUUUCCUGGAGGCCCCUGCCCUCCUGGAUGCCCACAGACUCCUUGCCCUCCUUGCUACCCAGGAGGUAUAUGUCCUCCAGGAUGUCCACGUACCCCGUGUCCCCCAUGUUAUCCUGGAAAGCCGUGUCCUAUUGGAUGUCCAGCUACCCCGUGUCCCCCGUGUUAUCCUGGAAUGACGUGUCCUGAAGGAUGUCCAGCUGCCCCAUGUCCCCCGUGUUAUCCUGGGAAACAGUGUCCUGUAGGAUGUCCAGCUACCCCGUGUCCCCCGUGUUAUCCUGGACAGGCGUGCCCUGAUGGAUGUCCAGCUACCCCAUGUCCCCCUUGUUAUCCUGGAAUGGUAUGCCCAGAGGGAUGUCUGCCGACACCAUGUCCAUUGUGUUAUCCUGGCACCAGAUGUCCACCAGGAUGUCCAACAAGACCUUGCCCACCUUGUUAUCCUGGAACCGCAUGUCCCAUUGGGUGUCCAUCUACACCAUGUCCCACAUGCUAUCCAGGGUCUCCGUGUCCGCAAGGAUGUCCUACAAUACCGUGUCCUCUCUGUUAUCCAGGCUCGCCAUGUCCUCGAGGAUGCCCUCUCACCCCGUGUCCUACCUGUUAUCCAGGCUCGCCAUGUCCUCCAGGAUGUCCUAUCACCCCGUGUCCUAUUUGCCGUGUAAAUGAGCCAUGUCCAAUCGGAUGUCCGAGAACGUGUCCUGUCUGCUACCCAGGUGCUCCAUGUCCUGAGGGAUGUCCAACGACGCCUUGUCCUGCGUGUCCACCUGGUUCCCAGUGUCCACCCGAAUGUCCACGAGAGACAUGUCCUCCAUGUUAUCCUGGGACAAGAUGUCCAUUCGGAUGUCCAUUUACUCCAUGUCCACCUUGUUAUCCGGGAGACCGAUGUCCGGAAGGAUGUCCAUCGACGCCGUGUCCUAAAUGUUAUCCAAGGCAAUCAUGUCCAAGAGGGUGUCCACAGACUCCGUGUCCACAAUGUUACCCAGGGGAAUUCUGUCCACCCCCAUGUCCACCUGGGCAAUGUCCACCUUGCUACCCGGGGGAAAUAUGUCCCCCUGGUUGCCGUCCAACCCCAUGUCCAAAUUGCUACCCGGGUGAGCCAUGUCCACCAGCGUGUCAACCGACUCCAUGUCCUGCCUGCUAUCCGGGCGAUCGCUGUCCAGCAGGAUGUCCGCAAACCCCGUGUCCUAAAUGCUAUCCUGGGGAGAAGUGCCCAUCUCAGUGUCCGGAAACCCCAUGUCCGAAUUGUUACCCGGGGGAGAUCUGUCCUGCUGCAUGUCCAAGGACACCAUGUCCCUCUUGCUACCCAGGGGAGAUAUGUCCAUCCGGAUGUCCAACGACGCCAUGUCCAACCUGCUAUCCCAGAGAUCGGUGUCCACAGGGAUGCCCUAAAACCCCAUGUCCACACUGCUACCCCGGGGAGAAAUGCCCAAGUGGAUGUCCAGCUACCCCAUGUCCAGACUGUUACCCAGGACAACCAUGUCCAACUGGAUGUCCAGUCAAACCAUGUCCACUGUGUUACCCAGGAACAGCAUGUCCUACAGGAUGUCCAAGAACGCCAUGUCCACACUGUUUCCCAGGGAGUCGCUGUCCUCCUGGAUGUCCAGAAACGUCAUGUCCAGAAUGCUAUCCGGGGUUUCGAUGUCCAGUGGGAUGUCCCCAGACCCCGUGUCCAAUCUGUUACACCAGGCAGACAUGUCCAGGCUCGUGUCCCGUGACGCCAUGUCCAAAAUGCUACCCAGGUGAACCCUGCCCGGACCCAUGUCCACGAACCCCGUGUCCAACCUGCUACCCUGGGGAAAAGUGCCCUUCUACAUGUCCAGUCACCCCGUGUCCAACCUGCUAUCCUGGAGAGCAAUGUCCACCGACGUGUUCACCCACCCCGUGUCCUCCCUGCUACCCGGGAAGCCCAUGUCCCCCUGGUUGCCAAACCCCAUGUCCGCCUUGCUACCCUGGAGACGCAUGUCCUCCUGGAUGUCCAAUAACCCCAUGUCCAUCCUGUUAUCCUGGCCACGCAUGUCCUUCUGGAUGUUCACCAACCCCAUGUCCACCCUGUUAUCCUGGCCACUCAUGUCCUUCUGGAUGUCCACCAACCCCGUGUCCACCCUGUUAUCCUGGCUACACAUGUCCUCCUGGAUGUCCACCAACCCCAUGUCCACCUUGUUAUCCAGGCCAACCCUGUCCACCCGGUUGCAGUCACUCAACAUGUCCAACAUGUCCAAGGGGCCCCGUGGGAGACGAAGGAGCCAGGGGAAGGAGGGACCCUGGGACACCGGGCCCUCCUGGACGCCCUGGGAUAGGAGCUCAGGGACCCCCAGGAGUUCCAGGGCCUCCUGGAACGUGCCAUGAGAACUGGCCCAUUCCACGGCCCCCUUGUCUAGACUGUUGUCCAUCCAGGGAAGAGCUGUUAAGAGUGAUCGAGGCUGCUCGGAACAGCACUGGAUGCUGCAAGGCCCGCCCUCCACGUCCUCCCUGCAGAUUCCAGCCAGCAGAUCUGGAACGACGUCUGGAAGCACUGAGAGUUAAACUGGAAUCCUUAAGCAGCGUGCAAGAAAGAGUGAAGCGGUAUGGUGUUGACAUCAAGAAUCUUAAUAUUAAGUUCAGAGAAAUAGACUUCAGUGGUCCACCAGGACCCAAGGGCCAGAAAGGGCCGCCAGGAGUAAAGGGACCCCUGGGGAGUAAAGGGGAAGAAGGAGAGUGUGGGAAAGUUUCCCAAACCUCCCCCGCUAGUGGGCCUGUUGGACCUCCGGGCAUCAAGGGCUUAACUGGUUCUCCUGGACACCGAGGGUCGUGUGACUGCCAGGGAGACAGAGGAGAGACGGGGGCCCCUGGAGAGGACGUGCAAGGCCCCCCAGGGCCCAGGGGCCACAAGGGAAUCAAGGGAAACAGGGGCCCUUCAGUGGAGGCCAACCCUAAUGUCUCCACAGCGACAACAGUGAAAAUCUCCACUUAAUUCCCGCUGCCAUAGUAGCAGUGAUGGACCGUAUCAGCAGUGAAAAAUAUACACCAUGUCAGCAGUGAAAAAAAAAAUAUCCUGGAUAUCUACACCGUGUCAACAGUGAUGACAGUGAAAAAAAAUCCAUGGUAUCUACACCGUGUCAACAGUGAGAGCAGUAAAAAAAUUUCCCGGUUAUCUACACCGUGUCAACAGUGAGAGAAGUGAAAAAUUCUGCCAGUCUCUUAAGAAUUUCUGAAAUUUAUGGUUACUGAAAAUAAUUCCAAAUUAUUUCGCAUUUUUUUUCAGAAAUAUUGUUGACAAUUUUUUUGGGUAUGACUGAGCCAUUUAUUCACUUGUUAUUGGCUAAAAAAAUAAAUUUACUCUAAUUA